GGCUGAGAAAAGUGCCCCGGCGUUGGGGGCCGUGAUGGGGCUGCAUGGUGCUCACGGAGGUCUGGGUGGAGCUGAAAACGGACGAUGGCCGUGUCUACUUCUGGAACCGCCGCGAUAACUCUCGGGCCUGGGAGCUGCCAGAGGGCCAGGAGGUGAAGUGGAUCGGGGAGAAGUCCCAGGAUGGGCGCACCUACUACUGGAGCCGACGUAGCAAAGAGACGGUCUGGGUUUUGCCGGCCUUAGAGCCGGAGAAGAAGGAGGAGGCGAAGGAGGUGAAGAAGGGCGCCCUGGCGUCGCUCUUGCGCGGCGAGGCUCAGGACGAGGUUCAAGAUGAGGAGGAGUUGAAGAGGCAGCAGCUGGCCCUGCAGGAGGCGCUCCUGAACUCCCUGCCCAGCGAGCAAGCGGAGCGUGAGGCCAAGGAAGCGGCGGCCGCGGCGAGGCCAUCACCCUCACCAGAGCCCAAACGGCCCAAACCGGAGACGCCCGCGUCGCCGGCACCAGAGGCGCAAGACAGCCCGGCGCCCGCGCAGAACACGCAGAACGCGCAGAACGCGCAGAAUGCGCAGAACGCGCAGAACGCGCAAGGUGGCUCCAUGCCUGGCUCGAUGCCUGGCUCGAUGCCUGGCUCCAUGCCCGGCCUCGGCAUGAUGGACCCCAUGCAGGCCAUGAUGAUGGCGCAGAUGGGCAUGAUGCCGCAGACAGGCCUGCUGCCAAACCUCAUGGCCAUGGGCCUGCCUGGCCUGGGAGGCCUGCCAAUGCCUGGCAUGCCAGGACUAGGUCUGCCGGGACUUUCCUUGGGCUCUAUGCCUUCCAUGGCAGCCAUGACCAACAUGGCACCCAUGGCAGGCACUCAGCCAGCAGCCACGCCACAGACGGUGCCACAGCCGCAGGUGGCCACAGGCCCAGCGUUUGAGGCGAGCGCCCAGGCGCCGCCUCCCAAGCUGCCGCCCCAGGGACUGCCCCUGCCGCCUCCGCCCAGCACACCGGCGCCCAGCGCGACGAUGCCGGCGAUGCAGCAGCUGGAGCCGCCAAAGCCGGUGGAGGAGCCCUACGAGGAACAUCCAUACUUGGACGAGGAGGAGGAGCCCAAGUACUACCCGCCUCCUGAGGGCCUGCCUGGCCCGAAGGGCGACUCUGCGUCCGCAAUUGCCGCGCGCCAUAUGCUGGAGACUGCAGGGGUGGAGACCUGGUUCCUGAAGCUGCCAAGUGGGGACUGGGAGGAGGUGGUGCGCUUUUGGCCGCCCCCGGAAGAUCUGGACUUGGCACGCCCGCCCAAGCUCAAGCGCAAGCCCCGCUUGGACAAGUGGAAGAGUCGGCCCUUGGCCAUGCGAUGCCAGCGCCACGAGGAGAUGGUCAGAGCCCUGCUGACGGCGCAGUACAGCUCCUGCAGCGGCUUCUCCGUGGAGAAGUACCCGUGCCCCCUCUCCAAGGAGUGGUGCUUUUGGGCUUCGGAUGGCCGGCAGAUUGUGUGCGAGGAGCCUCCGGAGGAGGACGGCAUUCGCAAGCCGCCGGAGUUCGAGCGGAACGUGCCGGAGGGGCAAAGGACGAGGCUGAUGCAGAACAAGGUGCGCAGCGCAGUGGCGCUGAUUUUCCGGUCCCCCGAGCUGCGGCGCCUGGAGCGUGCCAUAAAUGGCCGGCACAAGGCCGCGGCGCAGCAGUUCUUGCGGCCCUCGGCGCCGGAGGCGUUGAAGCGGGAGGCCAUGCGAGUGCUGGGCCUGUCCCCCGGGGAUGCGCCGCUCGCAGAGAAGAAGGCCAUGUCUAUGGAAAAGGCCCCCACGCCCAAGGCGAAGGAGCCACCGGUCAAGGCCUUGCCGCCCAAGGCGCCGCCCAAGGCGCCACCCAAGGCGCCGCUGCAGGAGCCGCCCCAAGCGACCAGCGCGACGCCCGAGGCGAAGGGCCCAGAGCCGGAGGUUGCGGCGGAGGCUCCGGCGGAAGAGGCCGCGCCCUGGAAGAAGCGCCGGCGUGGAGAGCGCGCGCCGGCUCCAGGCAAAGCUGCCGUCCAGGAAGACGCGCCGGAGGAGCCCGGGAGCUUCAAGGACUUGUUGCCACGCAAGGUGCUGCUCUCCAACGUGGCCGGCGCCAACUCCAAGGACCUCUCGGACUUUUUUGCCGGCGCCAUUUUCACCGCCACGGGCCACAACUGGCAGGGCAGCGACACUGCCCAGGUGGUGGAGAGCGUGGAGAUUUCCCCCGGCGGCCACGCGGAGGUGAUCUUCGGUACGGCGCUCAGCGCCACCAUCGCGGUGGCGCUGCACGGCAUCAACUUCCAGAACAAGGUCCUGGGCAUCAAGCGGCCGCCGGGCUUCACGGGCCCGCCGCUGAACCGCGCUAAGCUGCUCUCCGUGGCCAUGAAGGACCUUGUCUCUGCGGAUGGGAAAGUGGAGAAAGCGGCUUUGCCGGUGGCAAAGCCGGCGCAGUCUCUGGAGCCUGCGGGCCCCUCUGCGGUGGUGAAAUUGAGCGGCAUCCCAAGCUCCAUGACGGGAACAAGCAUCUUCGACAUGCUCCAGCAGUUCGGAGGCCCGCUGAAGAGCUUGAGCCUCACCAUGAAAGAGAACGGGGAGCACAGCGGCGCCGGCACCGCGGAGUUCCAGCAGCACUCCGCGGCCGUCGAGGCUUGCCGCUUCUCACCUUUGCUGGGCUUCAUUGAGGUGACGCAGGAGACUGCGCCGGCCACCGACGAGGCACCGCGGAGGUCCCGGUGGUCGGAGGACUUGGAUUUGGGGCCCUUCAACCAGGUGCUGCCUCCACCAAAGGCGCGGCCCACUCUGAUUGCGGCGCCAAAGCCAGCGCCCAAGGCGGCUGCGGCACCUGAGGAGGAGGAGGACAUGGACCUGGGGCCCUUCAACUUCAUCCUGCCCAAAGCGAAGCCCACCGGAGCCGGCGGCGCAGGCCCGCCGCCGAUGGAUGACAUAGACCUGGGCCCCUUCAACAACAUUUUGCCCAAGGCGCCCGAGGAUGACUUGGACCUUGGCCCCUUCAGUGCGAUCCUUCCGCCAGGGUGAGCGAAGGUAGAGCGAAGGUGUGAGCUGCGCCUAUGGCUGAGAAACUCGCUGGGUGCGAUACA